AAGACGACAAUAAAUAAUUAUCACUGUGGUUAUCAAUUUUUUCCGUCAUUUCGUUUGUUCGUUACAACGUAAAAACAGAGUUUGUCUCACGUCACUUGGGAACAACGCAUCUUUGUCGCACCCUAUGCCAGAAACGCGCACCCGUAUCUCCCGUCUUCGUCACUCAGGGACGCCUGGUUCCAACUCUGUGCUUUUAACUCAUUCCAAAAAUAGCUCGUGAAGUGUCAACAAGAAACGGUUUUUUAAAGGGAAAAUAUGUGUGAAACGUUAAAUGGGUGUUUUAAAAACGAGCUUCACGUAAUAGAGUGCAUUUUUGGAUAAAACGUACCGAUUUCGAUACAUUUUCGCGACCAGUCGCGAUAAAAAAUUCGUUAACCCAUAAUUUAAAACACUCCAUGGAUUUUAGUAACUUGAGCAGGACAAGGUUAUGUCAACUUUACUGACCGUAAUUUCGUUGUAAGUUUUUAAAAAAUGACUGAGCGUUAUUCGUUUACUGUGGAUAGACACCUGGUGGAUAGCACCAUGGCCUGGAGUCAAGAUAAUAUUGACGGCGCCACUCUAACGGACACCUAUACGAGUGCUGAAGAAGAUUCCCCGACGAGAUAUUUCUCGGUUUUGGAUUCAACCAGCAACAUAUCGCUCGAAAACUUAAACAUCGCCCUCUCAAACCCAAAAUUAGAAGUGGAAGACCCGAUUCCUUACACUGAAGAAGUGCCUGAGCAACCUGAUGAAACCAAUGAUCAAGUUGUUAUUUUCAACGUCGAAGGGUCAGACGAACUGUUCGGGAUUCAGGUCGUGCAAGACGAGGAAGGCAAUUUACAAAAAUACCAGUUCCAGUUUAGAAAAAACGAAAAUGGACACCUGGAGGCCAUUCCGGAGACGAUUACGCUGAUCCCUAUGGAGGAGGGUACCCCGGAGGAAGCGCAAGAGGUUGUGGAAGACUCAGAGUACGCGGCCCCCAUAGAAGAUAACGCCGCGAUGCACGUGUAUGUGCAAGAGGACAACUCGAAUGAACACAUUUUGCCUGAUAACCACAUAGAGGACAACCUGGAAGAACAGUUAGAGGAGGAGACCGGCAUUAUGUACGAAACUGAAGGGGUUGAAGAAGAACCGGUGGAUAUUAAACCUGCGGUUCUGCAGCUGCAGAACGUCAAGCAGGAACCCCAACCUGACUAUGAUACCGCCACCUUAAUGGAAGAAGAAACCUUCACUACCAACCUAGAAACCCAACAAAUCCCCGAUUUCCAGACUAUCUCAGACCCCCCUGACACCAACUUCGAGUACGAAAGGCCCCCCGACGACAGCACUUCCCCCCUCGAAGACAACUCCCUAUCCUCCGACCUGAACCCUGAAGACGACUCCCAAGAAUCGCAACCGCACGACCAAGACUUCGAACACGUCGAGGUCAGUCCUGACAUGAACGCGGUCCAAACCAUGCAAAACCUCGACGAAGAAGACGCCGAUUUCAAUAACGAAAAUGCGUUGAACGACUCCGACGAGAACGACUACCACAUCGUGGAGGGGCUGCACAUCACCGGGGACGUGGAGCACCAGAUGGAGAAGCCCCCGAGUAAUAUCCUGAAGCACGCGCUCAAAACCAACACCGAGUCGCCGAAGAUCGUGAAGAAGGAUAACAAGUUGUAUUUCUACGUGGUGCAGCACCCGGAGAAGGAAAACGUGGACUCGUUGUCGAUGGAGAUGUCGAAUUUGUGCAAGCUGAAGGUGAAUCCGAGGAGCAUUUUGAAGAGCUCGCAUGUGAUGUUGCAGGCGAAGAAUGAGAUGGAAGGGGCGACGCAAGACGAGAGGAUGAAUAAGAGGUUCGCGAGGGGCAAGGAGACCAUGCAGGCGAUGCUUUUCCAUAAUUUUAUCAAUAAGACGACGAUCCCGCAGGCGCCGGUGAGGCAAAUUCGGCUGCCGAGGAAGCAGAAGAUCAAGCCGGUGGAGAGGAUGGACGAGGAGAUCGUGGUGCAGGAGAUGAUGGUGUCGAAUACCGGGUUCGUGGAAGCGGGGAGUGGAGGUGUAAACAAAGAAAACCUAGCCGUGACCGAAUACGUAGACCUGACUGACUCCGACGACGACUACGACCCGAAGCGCUCCACCCGACGAAAGAAGCGCCAGCGCAGAAAACGAGUCGAGAUAACAAUAAGCGACGAAAGCGACACUUCCCACGACAGCGUGAUCGAGCUCGACGAGAGCGACGACGAAACCCCCGACGAAUCCAAGUCCACCAACAGAACUCCCCCGAAGCGGCGUCGCGGCCGACCCCCCAAGAGCAAACCCGGCGAAUCCACGGCGACCGGUGAAUCCCCCGCCAAGAAAACCAAGGUCGAGACCGUCGACAACCCGACAAAGCCCGAGAUCCCGUGUCCGCAGUGCGACAAAACCUUCCCUAGUCAGAACAGCCUGAAGACACACCUGCAACACCACAACCUCCAGAGCUCCAUCAAGCGAGCGCAACCUGAGUACAAGUACAAAUGUGACAAAUGUGCCACGACUUUUAUCAAUAGCAUUCUACUAAAAAAGCACAUGUGUUCAAAACUUUUCAAUUGUACGGUGUGUAAGAAGCGGUUCCCCGACCUGUCGAGCUUGAACGGACACAAACGAACACACGCGAAGGAGCAAAUGGUGAAGAGCACGACGGUGCAGGUAUCACCGAAGAAGAUGAAGCAGGCGUUGCCGACGAAGACGUUCGAAGCGCAAAAGACGUCAACAAUGAACUGCAAGACGUGCGGGAAGUUGUGUUCAUCGUUGCAGAAUUUAACCGUGCACAUGAAGACGCACAGGGAGUUCGUGUGCGGGACCUGCUUGAAGAUCUUCCUCUCGCAGCUGAUGCUAGAGAAGCACGUGAGAGAGAGUUGCGUCAAGUCGCCGCAGACCAGUAGGAGGGCGAUGCGGGUUAAGGGAGACGCGGGCAAGAGGUUGCAGUUGACGCCUCCGAAAGCAAGGACGACAAGUGUCAUUAGUCCCGGGAAGAGGGUCGUGGAUAAGCGGGGGAUGCUUAAUUUGAAGCUAAAGUGUGAGCAGUGCUCAAUGUGCUUUAGCAGUCAUCGAGAGCUGUUUAAGCAUAAGGUGCUGAAGCAUGGGCUCGAGACGCCGGAUAAGUCCGUUUUGAAAAAAGAGGAGACCCAGCGGGUGUACAAAGGGGGUGUUCCUGCCGGCGAGAAGUUGCUUAAGAGUUUUGCCGGAUUGAGAAGUUUGUUCACGGUUAAUGAUUAAUUUUGGUAUUUUGUAGGUUCUGUAAAUAGAAUACUUGUGUAUUUUAAUAAAUUUUUUCCACUAGA